CCUCUCUGCAGCCCCGGCUCGGCACCCGCCUCCUCCGCCCGCCCGCGCCGCAAACAUGAACGCCCCGGCCGGCCGCCCGGGCUCCCCGGCCGCCCCGCGCUGAAGGCAGCGCGCCCGCCAGCAGCAGCGGCACCGCGGGAAAGCAGUGAGAAUUCCCUGGAAAGAUGCCUCUGGUGAAGAGGAACAUUGAACCUCGUCACCUGUGCCGUGGCGCUCUUCCUGAUGGGGUGACCAGCGAGCUGGAAUGUGUAACCAACAGCACUUUGGCUGCCAUCAUCAAGCAGCUGGGUAGCCUCAGCAGACAUGCUGAAGACAUAUUUGGAGAACUGUUCAAUGAAGCCAAUAGUUUCUAUAUGCGGAUGAACUCCCUGCAGGAGAGGGUAGAUCUUCUGGUGAUCAAGGUCACUCAGCUGGACUCAACUGUGGAGGAAGUUUCACUUCAAGACAUCAACAUGCGGAAAGCAUUCAAGAGCUCAACGGUGCAGAACCAGCAGGUGGUCUCUCGGAACUCCAUCCCUAACCCCGUGAUGGAGAUGUACCAGCGGUGUGACAAGCCGCCACCGCUCAACAUCCUCACGGCAUACAGGGAUGACAAGAAAGAUGGCCUCAAAUUCUACACCGACCCUUCAUAUUUCUUCAACCUGUGGAAGGAGAAGAUGCUGCAGGCGACUGAGGACAAGAGAAAGGAGAAACGCCGGCAGAAGGAGCAGCGGUUAGUGGAAGAUUCCACCCGGGAGGUGAAGAAAGUGAGAAAAGCCCGCAACCGGCGCCUGGAGUGGAACAUGAUGGCAUAUGAUAAAGAAUUCCGGCCCGAUAACAGGUUCUCACCAUCCCCAUAUCACAUGGCCUCAUCGGAAGGAUCACUGUCCCCAGACAAUAGAUCUUAUGCGUCAGAUGCAGCUGAUCACUCAUACCCGGCCAGUCCUAACCACCCUGUGCAGCAAUUAGCUCCAGCCUCACACCUGUCAACUGACAACAAAGAAAUCAUCCUGGUCGCUAACCAGGCCCAGGAACAUGUCUACAGGCCCUCAGCAGCAGGAAGCCGUCAGAACAGUCUCAACCGAGUCCAGCAGCCCCAUGUGCCGCAGCAUCCAGAGACUAUAUUGAAUGGACCAAGACCUCAGAUAGUCAAGGAGUAUGGUCCCCAGCAGAUGCCCCUGGCAGAAUACUUUGUGCCUCCUGCUCCUCCGCCCCCACCCCCUGUGAUACCUUCUGCUCAGACUGCCUUCGACAGCCCCAUUUCAGCACCUCCUGCCCUGGCGCCCAGCGCUGCAGCCUCUGUGGCUCACUCGUCAUACGCACCUUCCCCGCCUCCGGCUCCACCCUGCCCAUAUUCUGCUUCCCCCCCUCAGACUGGCCCCAUGGGGCCCCCCGUCGCACCUCCCCCACCUCCACCUGGUCCUCCAACAGUCGCUGCCUCGCCGGCUCACUCGGCGUCAUCCCCGGCGGCGGUGGUUGAACCUCGGAAACCUCAGAUCCCUCUGAUACCAAUGAGCGAUGCCAGGAGCGACCUGCUUGCUGCAAUUCGGAGGGGAAUUCAACUCCGGAAAGUCCAGGAACAGUGGGAGCAGGAGGCGAAGAAGGAGCCAGUUGGCAAUGAUGUAGCCACUAUCCUGUCCCGCAGGAUUGCAGUGGAGUACAGCGAAUCCGACGAUGACUCGGAGCUGGACGACAAUGAGUGGUCAGAUUAAGAGAGCUCAGAAUGCUGUGUUGGAGUGUACUCCCCCCUCCCUGCUUCUCCACAAGAAGGUGUGCAUGGCUGGGCUUCCCUGAAAGCGAAUGCUGACCGCCGUCAGCAGUUAGUGUGGCUUAUUCAGGAGCUUUGCUUUUACACCAUGUUGCAUUGCUGAAAAAAUGAUGGCAGUGUUGUCAGUGGAGAGUGUGCAUUGGUGGGACAUGCUUUAAAAGCAGUAAUAACAGCCAUAGGCCCAGAAUCUCGCCAGGUGUGGCGAUGACACUUUAAUAAUGCUGAGAACACAAUGAGGUGAGGAUCAAUGGAGUUACUCUAGAUUUACACUAGGGUGGCGGCAAUCACAAGCUGGCCCCAUGCAUGUGUUUGUAGAGAAACAAAACUGCAGAAACAGCACUGCUUAUUUGGCCAGAUGUUAAUUUUAUAAUGAAAAGCUCCUGAAAAAGCAUCCUGUUCCCAUAGCAAAUACAGCCACAUGGUCUUAGGUGUCUAGAGAUCACAAUUCACUUGUUUGUAUUUUCUGCAGAUGUUUAAAAUUGUUGGGAUUUGGACCAUAGGAACCAGGGAAAAGCUCUGUUCGUUGCCCUGAAAGUUACAUGCAGAAAGAGUCUGUUUUCCCUUUAAAGUAAUGUCGUUAGCUUUGCGUUCUGACAGUCAGAAAGGAGAGUUCUCUGCUGUCUCCCAGUUUCACUUUUAAGAGCACAUCCUGGGGUGGCACAGAUGUUUGUGGCAUGGUUAUAUUUCCCUCUCUGCACUCAGAUUCCCUGGAGAAGAGCAUGAAAGGAAAGUUUAGUGUAAACCUGCUCUUCUCUUGCCAUCAGCCAAGAAACAAAGCACUCAUUACUGAGUAGAAAGGGAUAAAGUCAGCUUAAAGAGAAAAGAACCUUGCAAUAGAUUUAAGUUGUCUAAGAAAGAUUCUGAAGGCCUAGAAAUAACUGGCUGACAGUGCUGUCCUAUUGUUGUAUCACCUUAUUAUUAUUUGAAAUAAAAUUAACCAGGCUAAAUAUAACUCUCAGCUGCACCAAAGCAACCCCACUGGAGUUAGUAGGGAGCAAUAUUUGUCCCUUUGGGUUGAAUUUUGAUUUUCAGUUUCUAGUAUCUGAGAAUCUCCUUGUACAAUUGAGGCGAAUUCAAUCUUAUUCCUGAAAUAGUUAUUGAGGGAACAAUUCUUCCACUUUUACUCAGGCUGAAUAGUACUGUACUCCAAGAGCAGUGGUACUGGGUCGGGGUGGAGUACAGCAAACCUGACAAUGACUCUGAACUGGGGGAUGAUGAGUAAGAUUGGCAGGAUCAGGCCCUGAGUUAAGAUGCUGAAAACACCAGUGAAUAGUAUUUGGUUUAUUAAUCCAAAUGGACAGUGAUUCAUAAAAGCAUUUUCAUGCAUACUAAGGGAGAAGCCCUGAGAAUCCAAAGGGAUCCUAUGGGAAAUAUUGAAAACCCACAGUCAGUUCUGAAAACUACAAGAGAACAGGAAAUGGAUUCUGACCAAUAGAAAACUGGCCAGUGUCACCCUUGAGUCUGUAUGAUAUGGUCAAAUAGGGCCCCAGUGUUCCAGGGACACACACGUACACAUCAGCAAAUUCACCAUUUCCACUUCCCCAUCCACAGUCUUGUCUGACUCAUGGGUGGUGAAUGAAACUGGAUUCUCUUAUUUCCCUCCCGGUAACAGGAAGCUUACACUUUGGCUCCACCCUCUGGCUUCUUUGUCCAUGCAGGUGACUGAAAAAAGCCAAGGGAAGGAUACAGGCAGCUAGUGGUCAGCCGGAGUGAGAAUGCCUGGGGUGCCUGCAGGCAGGAAGACCUGGUGAAGGGCAGGGAAAACGUUGGCUGGAGCCCACAAGUGUCACUUUGAAUAGGGUCCCAUUUGGCUAGUGCCACCAUUCACCCUUAUCUACUAGAGAAUGCUGCUAUUGAGCCAGCCCGCUUUGCAGGGAGCGGGGGCGAGGGGGUUCGCUAUUCUAACCAAGCAGCAAUAGUUCCUGAAAAACUGCAGCUAGACGGCACAUGUCAGACCAGCAACAGGAAAGGAGAAAGAAAACAAGACAACAACCCAGCAGGAUGCAACACAGAUUCUCAGUGGCAUUAACAGAGGACCCAACAGCUCAGCUGCAGCUCCGGGGGCAAUGGGAAUGUUAAACACAUAUAGAAAGAGCUGGUGCCGUGUUGUUGAGCUGGGAAGUCCUGGUAUGCAGUAGUUACACCAAAGGCUCUUGCUCCUACCAUCAUCUUGUCUCUGUUAAGAACUAGCAGGCAACCCCCUCCCUGAGAAAUGGAAAAUACAGAGGUAGGAAGCUGCAAGCCAAACCCUGAUCUCUUUACUCAGGCAAGUAGCGCCACUGAAGUCAAUGAUGCUGCUUUCCUCAGUGAGGCGAGUAGGAUUAGACCCCUACUGCAAGGUCAGGAAAAGCCUUGUACGUUAAAAAUAACAUAUACAAAACCACAUAAGUGUUUAUUAUAUGGUGUUGUUAAUAUAUGCAUGAUUUUGAUGUGACCGACAAAUGAAGAGAAAUCCCAGACUGAUGGGCUUGAUGUGUAAGAUGAAAAACAUAAUAUAUUCAGACAUAAAGUGAAUGCUAACGAGAUUUAGUAAUUGCCUUUAUCUUUGGUACUGAUCGUAGGUUUAUAUCAGCUGGCCCACAUGGCUGUGAUAAAGCAGUGAUGGGAUUGGCAACAGCCCCUGAACAUUGGCCCUGUUGUGUGUGAGUGCAGAGGAAGGGGGAUUUUGACUUGAGGGCUACAUGGCACCUCAGGAAGGGAAAAGGCUGCAAGGAGACUUCCCCUUAUGACCUUGUGUGGGGCCUCGGCACAGUCCCUGCCCUUGCACGCUGGAUGUGCAAGGUGUGGGGACUCUAAUGCAGAGAAGGAUAUUGGUGUCAGGUGAGGCAUUGUAGGCACAGUGCCUGAGGGAAUGGCCUCCAGAGCGCAGACCACUACCCUUCUCACUUUUGCAAAUGUGAGCUGUGUCUUAAAGCCACAGAGCCUGACUCUGCUCUACUUUCACUGGUUUCAUAACUGUGUAGCUCCAUUAACUUCAGUGAGUUACUCCUGAUUUACUCUGGCUUAUGACAUCAGAAUCAGGUGCACAGUCUUGCACACCACAGAUUGGCUCCUACCUGUGACAGGGCCAGACUCUGCCCAGUUUACUCAAGCAAAACUCACUAGUUCAUGGGAGCCUGGCCUGAACUAGAAGAUAGGACUUGGCUCUGCAAUGGGUUUGUUGUCAUUUGCACAACCCAAGAUGUUAGUUGAUCAUUUUCUCCAGCAUUGUUGACAUGGCCUUUCAUAAGACAUCAUAACAAACCAAAGCUGGGGCCUCUCUCCAAACCGGCACACCUGCUUUCAGGCAUAAAGUGGCCUGGGAGAUAGGAUUAAAAUUCAUAAUGAUCUGGACCAACUGGGAAAUGACUGCCUAGGAAGGAGUACUGCAGAAAGGGAUCUGGGGAUUAUAGUGCAUCACAAGCUAAAUAUGAGUCAACAGUUUCACACUGUUGCACAAAAAGCAAACAUCAUUCUGGGAUGUAUUAGCAGGAGUGUUGUAAGCAAGACAUGAGAAGUAAUUCUUCCGCUUUACUCCAUGCUGAUUAGGCUUCAAUUGGAGUAUUGUGUCCAGUUCUGGGCACCACAUUUCAGGGAAGAUAUGAACAAACUGGAGAAAGGCCAGAGAAGAGCAACAAAAAUGAUGAAAGGUCUGAAAAACAUGACCUAUAAGGGAAGAUUGAAAAAAUUGGGUUUGUUUAGUCUGGAGGAGAGAAGACUGAAAGGGGACAUGAUAACACUUUUCAAAUACAUAAAAGGUUGUUAAAAGGAGGAGGGAGAAAAAUUGUUCUCAUUAACUUCUGAGGAUAGGACAAGAAGCAAUGGGCUUAAGCAGCAAAGGUAGUUUAGGUUGGACAUUAUAGGAAAAGCUUCCUGUCAGGUAGUUAAACACUGGAACAAAUUGCCUAGGAGGUUGUGGAAUCUUCGUCACUGGAGGCUUUUAAAACAGGUUAUACAAACACCUGUCAGGAGGUGUUUAGUUAUUACAUAGCCCUGCUUUGAGCGCAGGGGACUGGACUAGAUGGGCUAUAGGCACCAUCAAAGCAAGCACAUGUUUGGGGCGGCACAAUUCCAGGGGCAGCAUUCUGGCCACCCUUUAUUUAUUUAUUUUUUUUGCUUGGGCAGUUGCGCUCUCAGAGCUUGGGGUGGCAAAUUUUUUGCUCGGGGUGGCAAAAAACCUAGAGCUGGCCCUGACUAGAUGACCUCUCGAGGUCCCUUCCAGUCCUACACGUCUAUGACUCUAUGAUUCUGCUCCCUUUGAUGUCAGUGGCAAAACCCCUGGUAGUUUCAGAAGAAGCAAGAUUAGCCCUCAAAGCUGUACAUAGGAAGACAUAUCUUGGUUAGGAACUGUGGGGACAGACACACAUGGAGACAGAGGCAUAGCCCACAGGUCACAGCCCCGGAGCACAUGGCUUUAUGUCAGCAUUGCACUGCCCAGAUUCUGGCUUGCUAUGGGAGCUGAAACAGCUCCUGGUGUGAACUCGAAGAGGGGCUAUUCUCACUCACAGCACCAUCCCCGUGGCUGUCUGUAGGCUGCGCUACAGCCCACGAGAGUGAGUGAUAUGGGGACACCUCUUCCUACACUGGCAUGCGAUGGCCAGAGUAGAAAGGGGCCCUUAUGUGCUGCGAUUGAGGAGGGUAGUGUAUUGGCUGCUUACGUUGGCCCUGUGUUGCUCUUGCACUAGGGGGAUUGAUCCCCAGCCUGUUCCGUCUCCUUAACAACUCCAGUCCAUUGCUGGAGCACCGCUGGCCACCAUUGGCCCCUCUCUUUUGUGUUUAUAGCUGUAGUUGCAUUAUGUGUUGUGCUAAGCAAUCCACUGAGGAGUAGCUGUAGUAAGAUUGAUCAGGCCCAUGCCAGGAUUGAUCCUGUAGUAUAUUUCCUAGCACACAGCUUUGGAGUGUUUUGUUCUCUCUGGGGUCACACCAGCCAUCUUUCCGAAAGUCCAUUUGGCCACAUUGUUGUUGCACAGCAGCCUAAGGGACAAAGUCUUUUGGAUGGUGGGGUGUUUAACAGAGACGCUUUUAAAGCUAUAUCUACUCAGUGCAUGCGGGUAGGUGCGCACUUGUGCUGUUUGCAGAGACAAAAUGCCACCGUGAACCCUCUCACAGCAGUCGAGUGGACUUGCUUUUCCUUCCAUAUCUAUUUACGUGCUUGUGCCAUAUGCUCCCCUCCUCUCCCUCAUAAAUACCACCUGAUUCAGAGCACAUGUUGCUGUCCUUUUGCUGCAGCUCUGUCUAGAACCAUCACUCCCCCUCAGACAUAAGCACAUUCCCUACACAAAGUUCUGCAAGCAAAGCAGGAGAAUCACAGCUCACUAAGAGUUUAUGGGCCAGAUCCCCAUAAACUGGCGCAGUUCACCUGACUUCUGUGGAGCAACACUGAGUUACUCCAUCGGACCAUACAUGUUUUCUAUGGGCCUGAUCCUACAAAGGGGGUGAGCAUCCUCAUUUGCCAUUGACUUGAGGGACUCAGCACCUCAGUGGAUUGGUCCUUAUAUAGUUUUGUUAGGCAGAAUUAAUAUAUUUUUGUCCCAAGUCCUACAUUAUGUAUCAAAUCAAAUGUAUAUAGGCCCAGAUCCUCAACAGGUGUAUACUGAUGUAUCUCCAUUUAAGUCAACGGUACUAUAAUAAUUUACACCAGCUGAGAAUAGGGCCCAUAAACUCCUAGUUUUAAAUAUUUUGUAUAUGUGUGCCUGUUUCCAUAUACACUGCUAAAAGUAGGCCAGGCUACAUUAUACAACCAGAAACAUUCAGUCCCCAGAUGGGGUGAUAUAAAAGUGAAUAUUUAAAUAUUUUAUCUAGCUUGGCAGCCAGUAAAAAGUACAAUCCAGGUCACAGCUGAUUGAAUUUCUCCUCUCUGUCAAGUACAUCAGAAGCAGGCUGAGCAAAAAUCCACUAUACAUUAAGGUGUAAUGUGUCAUGUUAAAAGAGAGCCUGAUAGUUUACUGACAACACACAAUCACACUAUGCCAAACAUUUAACAACCUGGACCUACCUAGUGAGAGCUCCUAUUUCCAUUUUAUGAGUCUUGUCAUGCCUGCCAAUUUAUGGACAUUGAUUAAAAAUAGUAAAUAAAAGAUUGCAUACAGGGGAAACUGUAUUCAGUUUAUUUACCACAUGAGAUAUCCUGUAGCCAGUUAAAAAUAAAUACAUUAUGUUGAGCCUGCUAUGGAGAAUCAGUUGAAGCAUCUACUCCAUGGAGUCCACAAGGGAUGUGUCUGUGCAGAUCUUCCUGGGAAAUGACUAGUUACUAUGGUGAUGAGUAUCCCAGAGAUAGAGAGGUAGAUCUUCCAUAAAUGAGGUCUAUUCUCCAUGGCUAAUUAUGUUACUGAAGUCUGAUCCAACUCCUGUUGAAGUGAAUGGAAAGUGCAGGGCAGGGCAGGUCCAGACAUCAGACCCUGUUUUUCCCUUGACUUCAGUGAGAAUUGGAUCAGGCUCUUGAGCCUAGCGGUUCUCACAGGAUCAUUACCUGAAAGACAAGGGAUUAUUUAUUUUCCAACCUUCCUCUGAGGAUUUGAAGAAUACUGUUGUGAUGCAGUAAACUGGGGAAGAGCUACCAUCAUAUUGCUCAAAUGCUCCUACUUUUGAAGAUGUCCUGUCCCUUAAAGGCUUUGCUUUUGGUGACCAAACAUAAUAUUUAGUUUGGAUUCUCCAGAGAGCUCUGACCUCAUAAAUCUUCUAUCUUUAGCUCUUUUUAAAGCUGCCUGACAGUGUAACCGGUAGCUACUUGUUUUAGCUGAGAGAAGCUCCCCCCUCUCCUGCAUUUUCGGCACACUGAUACUUUUACGUUUGAGUGAUGUGCUAGCAAUUUCUCAGAACAGGUGACACUUCAUGGUACUGGGGCAUAAAUGUUGUGCAACUGUGGGCCUGGUCCUGCAGUCCUUACUCACACCCAUUGAAGUCAAUGAGAACCUUGUCUGAAUAAGGGCUUCAGGAUCAGGCCUGUAAUAACUUUACUUAGGCUUUAGUGGUAAGCGCCAUGUAAUUACACACUGAUAGAACCAUAGAUAUUAGAGAUGAGUGACUUGUGGGGCUUGUCUUGGUUCAUAUGUCCACCAGCACUGGAUUGUUCUCUCUUGAAAUUACUUGUUCCUAUGGAUUAAUGUGGACCAAAUCUUCUGACUCAGGUCAGGACUGUAGUAAAGUCCUGGACACGAUGGCACAGAACAAGAGUCUACUGUGCAGAGAGAAGCACUGCAAGGCUAAUGAAUGUACAGCCCUAGCAGAGCAAAGCUACCUUGAGCAGGUUUGUGAGGGGAGUUUUCAGGGUGUGGCCAGUGGAUCCCAGUGACUGCAGAGGCUCCCCUAUGCCUGGCAGCAUCAGCUCCCCUGCCAUUCUGUGGUCCCAGGAGAGGCAUUCCAACCCUAAGGAACUUUCCUAUGCAGAGCUCUCAGGCUCUGUGCAUGGUAGAGGCUCUGGUCCUGUGUCACUAGAUCCAAUCAGCGGGAUUGUAUUUACCGUUAUUAUUAUUUAUGGCAUCACAGGUCAGCGUGGCACUUUACGGACAAAAAUAAAAGGACAGGACGCUGUCCUGAGGAGCUUGCAGUUUAACGUAGAGAUCAUAUAACCUGCACUGCACUUUAAAAGAUCAAUCAUUUACACAUUCAUAAAUUUACCAUCUAAUUAGAUGCUAUUUGUGGUGUCAUUAAUUACCCUGCCACUACAUUGUAAUUACUCAUUAGUGCCUGAAUAAAGAGAGAGCACAAGUGAGCCAGGGGUUUAGGGUGAGAUUGGCAGUUUAGGCUUCUCAGCAUCUAUUAAAGUGCUAGAAGUGUUGCCCUGGGAAGUAAUACUAUGUAUUUUUAAAACUGGUAUCUGUGCUCCCAGACAUAUUUUGCCUUUAUUUGUCUUUCUUGCUUUGCACUGAAUGAGGCAGUCAUGCUGGUCCUUCAUCCAUCAUAGCCCAAAGUAGAGGUAAAGAUGUCCAUUUCACAAACACCAUCACAGCUGGCACUCAUGCCUAGCUGGGAGCCUCAAUAGUGAGACUGAUUGAUUAGGCACUGGAGACUGAACAAACCUGUCACCCCUCGAAGGGGUCUAUCCGGGUGAAGGUUGCAACACAUGGGUGGUAAGUUGGGAGUGUUUGUGCUAACACUCCUUUGUAGACUUAUGGGUACCUCCCCGCAGCUGGCCCCAGAGUUGCCUUUCCAGCACCGUAUAGCAGCACUAAAAAUGGGGUCUAGUUUACCUGGUACCAUUAGCUUUUCCCUUUUUGGUAUCAUUCCGUACAUGAAUCAUGCCUGGCUGAGAAGAAGUAUUCUACAUGCAGGUGAUGGUGAUGUUUAGUCUAUCAUAGAGCAUGGAUAGUAAGGGGUAUACAGCUUAUUGGUGUAGUAAACAAUUCAUGUACUUUUGAUGGUACACUGACAUAGUUGAGAAUAAACAUGUGGCCAGAGGAUGUCAGAGGUUAGUCACAGCACAGACUAACACAGAGCAUCCAUCACAUUCUAGUACAGUAUACUUCAAGGGUUUUAGUACUUGGGACCAGAUUUUCAAAGGUAUUCAGGUGCCUUGCUUGCUUGGGUACAUUAUUUCCUUUCCAAGAGUGUUCAUUAUCAUACUCACUGCUAGGAAUAAUGGAUUAGAGGUAGAGCUAGUCAUAGACUCAAAAGAUAAUGGGUUAAUCUUCCCCGCCAAACAAUAUGAAUAUUUACACAUGGCCAAAGAUAAGACAGUAAAAAUCAAGGGCCAGAUUUUCAAAGGUAUUCAGGCACUUAAAGAUGCAGCUAGAUGUCAAGUGGGACUUUCAAAAGCACCUAAGCAAGCAAGGCACAUAACUACCUUUGAAAAUCUGGUCCCAAGUGCUAAAGUCUGCUUGUUCGGUUGCAGAAACGUGUGUCAGCAGUUUGACUACAUGGACCAAGCACAUCCUGCUUGCCUGCUUCCCUGCAGAAUUUUCAGAAAUGCCUAGCUGGGGGUUUCAGUGGUACAUCCUCACAGCUCCCAGGGCACACUCAAUGUAUGAACUCCACUGGCACGGUUAACCCCUACGACUAUGCUUUGCACUGUCUGCUUAGCGCAUUGGGGUACUUUGUGUAGUAUAUAUAACCCUUAAUGCAAAAGAACAAUUUGUACGUCAGAUAAUGUAAGAUAAAUGUGGAGAAGAAACCCUGUGUUCAGUACGAUUAAAGACAUGCUUUCUAGUUGGCUUUUUUUUUAAUCUAUAAAACACACACAUAAUGUAUUACACAAGGCCAGGAUUUGAUCUCUCUCUCUCUAUUGUUUUGGAUGGUCAAUAACGUUAGUACGUUGUGCAUGCAUCCAGAACAUGACAAUUUAAAUCACAUGUCAAUUUAAUAUCUAAGGAAAUUCAAGGAUUGUCAUAGUCUGAUAUGUUUAGCUUUUGAAUCUGACUAAUUAGCUGCAUGAUUUCACUCCAUAGUUUCUAGACCUGAUAAAUAAUGAUCAUGAUGCAUUAAAUGUACGCAGGGUUUCCUAUUAAGGCUGUAUAUCAAGAGGUGAGAUUGGUUCCCAUUGGGAUUCUGUCUGUACAUUCAUGUUGUGUUCAGUUAGCCCUUAAGGAAUGUUUCUCCUUGGGCAUUACAGGCAAGGUCAGACUUGUAGAUAGCUGACCCCUAAUAUCUUUAUUUAAGAUCUAGAAGGGUCUUUAGCCAGGUCUGAUUUUCCUUCAGUGAGUUGUCUAGGAUUGCCUCUCCAGAUUGAGCCUUGCCCAAGUGACUGAUCCUGCAGUCAUUUGCUGAGGCAAAGUGUGUAUUAGUUUUAAUGGGCUAUUUUCCCUGAGUAAGCCCUCAAGACUCCAAUAGCUUGAGGUUUCAGAAAUGCUUCCAAGGUAAACAAAACAAGAGAUGAUUUGAUCUUCCCUAAUCAUCUCCUUCUGUGGUGUAGGAAGCUCUGACUGGAGAACCCAGGACAGAGGAGAAUGUGUCACAGGAAGGAAGGGAGGAUGAACUAUCACUCCAUGAAAUAUGUGGAGAAAAUAUGGCCAGGCAGAUGGAAUGCAGCGCACCACAGUGUCCUUGGGAGGCAAAACUGGCACAUUAGCUGGUCUAAUCUCUUCUCUGUUAGUCAGAGUUUGCACAGAGCUCUGAAGAUGUAAAGUGCGAAUGAUUAGUGGGUUCUCACCCUUUCCCACACAAUGCACCUUUCCUUAAGAUGGUCACCCUCUCAUGGGUACCUCCCCACAACUGGCCUCCCAGAACUGAUACUAAACCUCCUUAUGGAAACUUUUGGCAGUUAGUUGCAUGAGAAAUUAUUAGAAGGACAGAAUUAAAGAGAGAAGAUGAAAAUACACUUGUCUAAUGUAGCAAUUUUGUUGCACGUCCCCCCAUUUUGUAUCUCUCCUUCUUAUUUCCCUUCCCUAGGCAUGAGACUUUGUAUUUAUUAGGUCCAUAUCUCGCUUUGGUGAUUACAACCAUAGUCGUUCCAGUGGCACUGCAGUUUGUUUCUGGCCUCCUUUGUGUUUGCUGCCCCUCUCUGGUUUUAAUGUAUUCCGGAAAUGUGAUAAAGAUUGACUUUACCCCCCAAAGAAACACCCGAGAAAGGAAGACAUGAAGCAGCUGCAGAGAAGGAGAGGUGCUUGGAGAGGUUUUUUUAAACUUGGUUGGUAAAAAAACAAAUUGGUUUUUGUUGGAAAGUGGUAGCCCAAAACCAGUGCUGGACAAGGCUGCAGUGUGUGGAAAAUGUUACUGCUUGAAGCAUGGGAGGUGUUUUAACAGGGAAAAGGAUGCACUUCUGUGGACCACUUGGAAGUCCGUCAUAGACCAUCCAUAAGUCACACGGUAUUAGAUCAAGGCUACAUUUUCAAAAGCGGCUGCUGAUUUUGGGUGGCUCCAGGCGGGGUGCCCAGUUUGAGACUGUUCAGCUUCAUUUUCAGAAGUACUAAGGCUCUGCAGCUCACAUUGCCUUCAGCUAGAGUUGUGAGCUCUCAGCACCUCUGGAAACCAAGUCUAAUAUGUUCUCAAGUUGGCCAUCCAAAACCUGGGCACUCCCAAUGAGUAGCCACUCUUGGAAAUUGGGCUAUAAAUAAUGGGGAAGCAAGAAUUGAGGGAGUUGAGCAGACAGUACAAAAAAAUGUGAUUCAGGAAGAAAUUCUGUCCAUCACCGUGUUAGGAAAUGCCUCACUGUCUGGAGGCCCUAUCGUGGUUGAACGGUCUUAGUUCCCACUGAAGCUGAUGAGCAGUAACUUUUUAGCCUGUAAUCCAUGCUUGCCUAUACCUGACAUCCAUGCUAGGUACUUUUGGUACAAAGAGAGACACUUUUUCCACAAGACUAUUCAUAAAAGAGUAAAAACAAAUUUGACUUUGACUAAGCCCAAUGAAGUUACCAUGGGUGAAAACUGAGGGCAUAAAGAUUUCUUCUACAGAAUGUGGGCUGGUUGUUCCAGCGAAUGACUGGGCGUCAGAAUUCCGGGGUUCUAAUUGUGGCUCUGCCACUGAUUCACUGGAUACUGUUGUAGCUGUAGGCAACUCAUUUCCCUGUGUCUCAGCUUACCCAUCUGGAAAAUGGGUCUGAUGCUCACCUCUCUGACUGAAGUGUUAUGAGGAUUAAUUAAUCAAUCAAUCUUUGAGAUUCUUAGAAGAAAGGUGCUACACAAAGGGCCAAAGUUCUGAAGUGAGAAACACUGCAGUAUUAAACUCUACUCUUCCCCCCAGCAUAUCGAGGGGGGCAAAAUCCUUUAAUGAAGCCCAUCUCUUUCUCUUGACUUUAUCGCCUAUGCUCUCACAGUGGUGUGAUUGCAUUUCAGGAGCACUUUACAUUGUAUUGUUUUACUACUGAUUUUUAAAACAUCUAUAUUUUUAAUUAACAUAGUGUUUUUCAAAGUGGAAAAAUACUCACGUAAGACCAGGAGAUUGUCCAAAGUUUUGUGCUGCUGCUGCUGCUUUGGGAGUGGGUGAGAGCUGGAUGAAUGAAUGUUCAGAGGCAGGUUCCAAAAGAAUGAAAUUCACACGAGUUCCUGAGCCCCACUUAUGGCCCAUGUGUCUUCAAACAGGGCUGAACUGAGAGUGAAGUGGUGCACAGACUGUGAAUUUCACCUAGUUCCUGCCCUUAGAUCCAAGCAUAGAUUUUGUGCUGGCCAUCUUCAAAGGGGUAAAUUUCAUCUAGAUUUUGUAAUGAGAUCCAGGCAAACAGACCCUUGAGCUCUUGUGAAACCCAGUUAAGACAAUGGGGCUCCGUUUAGGCACAGGGGGUUGAUUCCAUUUCAUUACCAGGCCAUUGUAAGUAAUUGUCCACAGAGAAAGAAUGAUGUGAUUAUAAAUAUGUAGGGAUUAAGUGUCCCCCUUGCUCAGGCAAAACUUCCUAGAGCUUUGGGUGACAGGAUGAGACCUGCAAUGCCUGACAGAAAGGUCACUGUCAUUGGUUCAAGAUAGUUUUUCUGAAAGUAAGUGACUGAACUCCUUUCCUUGUCAUAUAAUCAUGAAUAAAGUAGUGUAAGGGGACAAAUUAAUGAUCUGUUAUUGCAGCGUGUUGAUGAGAGCUGUAAUAAUGAGACUUACUGGAUUCCAUCUGUGCUUAACUAGACUGAAAUGUUCUUUGCUGCUCCUUCAAAAAGUGUCUUGGCAGCUCUCUCCACAUCCUAGUAACUUUUGACCCAGAAACUGACAAUUUCAGUGCCUACUGGGAGAAAACUACACAGUGCUGGCACCAGUUACUACUAACAAGGAUUGAUAUAAACUGUAGAAAACCAAUGGGGAGCAGAGAGAGAGAAUCCAAUGAAAUGAAGGCAGGUAAACAAUGUGAAGCUUUCAAGGCCAUACUUGCAAAUGAUAUGGCUCACACUUCCUCCACCUAGAAUGAAACUGACAAUGAGCUGCCUACAUGUUUGACACCUUUGUUAAAUGUAGUGUGAUACAGCAGACUCCUUGGGUGGCAGGGAAUAUACGGAGUAAAAGUUUCCAUCUCUUUUUCUUAUCAUGUCUGCAUUUUUAUGAAGUUAUCCAUCUCUGUGAGACUCUCACCGGGGCGGGAGUGGAGCAUAUGUGCUUAGUAUCCAUACUCCGCUCACUGUGGGUGAAAUUCUUUCCUGUGCAGAAGCCCAGCCCAAGGAAUCACUUAUAUCCCACAAGUUGGAGUUUAAGUGAUGCAAUAGGUGUUGAGCCCUCCCUUUGCACAGGUGUGAAAUCCAGCCUCCCUUCAUAUUUUCCCCAGGAGCAUGGCAAUGUGCACUUGGUUACAUUUCUGUUUCUUGUUAUUUCAGUGCUGGGGUGGGGAGUGUUUGCUGGUGUGUGCAUCUUUGGAACAAAGCCUCAGUGUCACUGCAAAUAAUAUCAUUGCUCUCAGUGAUUUUUUUCAGUAGUUAUUUCCAUAUAGAGAAGUUUAAGGUUUUCAUUCCAUUCUGGUCAGAUUCAUCACCAAUGCAAACUCUUUAUUUGGCUUUGAUUGGAUAUUAAAGUAGCUAAAACCUUUCCCUGAAACAAUUUUUUUAGGAGUGCUUUAGACUUCCCCAUGUUAAUAACCUUUCUCCAUUUUUAAGCAGCUUGACAUGCCCGUGGAGAAUUUGGAAUGAUACACUCACAUAGUGCUAGUUUGACCGUACUAUGAGACUGUUCCCCACUGCUUAUUCACAGUAUUGAGAGGUUUCACUGUGCUAUAUAUGGUUGCUAGAACUCUUGUUUUACAUUCUUUUUCUAGCAAGACAUUGGGAAAUGCUGCAUUAGCAAAAUUCAUUAUCGACACAAGUGCCUUUUAUGGAAAUUGACGUUACAUUUCCAAGGAGCAGGGGGGAGAGGGAUGGUUAUAUGAAAUCAUCAGUAACACGCAGGACCAGGAAAUGACAUGCAUGCACAUAGCAUUGUAGGGUUCUCAGCUAGUGUGGGUCGGGCUGGGAAACUACACACAGAGCCAAGGUAGACCCACACAGUCAGUCUAGAUUAACUUUCUGCUUUUGACUAUGCCUACACAGGAGCUCUUCAUGCGACCCUUUAAGCAAAUAGGAAUUUUACCAUUUAUCUCACUAGUACUGGGCCCAUAUCACCCGCCUUGAGCUCAGCUUGCCAGCCUGAGACUUCCUGUUAUUUUUGCUGUGCCCUGGGCCUGUCUCCUUUUGUCCCUGUUAAGCCAGGGUGAUGACAGGAACAAACAGAAGCUGGGGGCUGCCAGUUGGCUGCUACACCGGGGCCUGUUGGGGCUGUGAAGAGCGCCCGUUGCUAUGAAGGUGUCUGCAGUUCUGAGUAGGGGGCUGUGUUGCAUCAGAAGAGCUGGAGGGCUACAUAUGGUGUUUGGGCUCUAUUUUGACUGCUCCUCAAUCCAGCCAUUCAGAGUUAACCCAGUGUAAUGCAGGUUGGCUGCAGGGAUUGAAUCUGGACGCUCUCUAUUUACUAGCAGCAGCCCUUACUGCUUACACAAGAGGACCAAGACUCAUAAGCCAAAGUUCAUGGUCCAGCCAGUAAGAGUCACACUUUGCUGGUGAGGAUUAUACCACAGUCCUCAGAAGCACUAAGAUUUGUACCUAGGUGGUAAACUUUUCAUUUUUGUUUCCAGUGGUUGUGUCCCCAAGAUUUAACUUUUCCUUCCAGUACAGCUACCAGGAAAGGGGUGUCUUGGGGGGGGGCGGGGAAGAACCAGCACUGCAGAUGUCAGUGAAACAUCAGCUCCCCCCCCCACAAAGAGAUCUGUGCCUCACAAACUACAACACAAUAUCAACCAUGAUUCCAUCUGUUCACUGAACGUAGCAUUGCUCUAAGCCUUUAUUCUGGUUGUGGCCAACGCAAAGCCCUCCCCAUAAACUCUUCCAUCUCGGGGUGGGAAUCAAUUGCAGAGAGGACUGUGCAUAGAGGCCAUCGUGCAGCUGGUUCAGCCACAUAUGCAUAUGCUUACGAGCAUGUGUUCUGUGCCCCCUGUCCUUUGGCCGUGCCCUGUUAUGAUCCUCCAGUAUUCCUUUUUCAGCAGCCUUGCGGAGCUUUCUGUCUGCAGACAGUAUUUUCAGGGGAGCCAGAACUGAAGCUGCCAUCUUCCACCAUGUGACUUGCAUGGAUUCGGGCAGUGGUUUUCUGGCAGGUGUCCAUGCACAAGAUGAGCCAGAAUUCAGUCCAUGGAAUCAGUCUGGAUUUCUACGCAACACAUGUAGGUCCCAAAUCAAGCCAGUGAAUCCAUUCACAAAUGUUGCUCAGUGCAAACAAUUUCUUUCAUUAUUACUAAUCAAUGGAUUGCGCUUUAUGGUAACAAAAUCAGAAUGAUUUAAGGCAAACUGCAAGCUUUUCUUUAAAACAAAAAAAGUGAAAACUCUAUUACAGUGUCUUGGCUGCUUAGUGACACACAUGGUACGUGGGACAACAUACAGGCCUGGCUCCGCCCAUGUGCUGGUGACAUCAUUCCCAAAUAUCACUGUUCCAAUGAGAUGGGUGUUCAUGCAGAACUAUAUCCACCCACAGCACUUAAUAACUACUCAUAAUACUGACACGUCACAGGAAUAAUGCAGUGACCUAUGGCAACAAAGAGGUGAUGACCAUAGGACUAGAGGCUGCUGCUACCCUUCUUUUCACAAGUAAUCCCAUUGACUUCAGUCAGGUUAUUUGUGUGCCUAAGCACUACUGAUGUGAGUACAGUCAGGCAGGAUUGGGCCCAUCAACUCUUCUGCUUCACGGGACAAUCUCUUACUAUAUGCGUGUACAAUGCCUUGCACAGCGGGGCUGUGAUCUCAGCUGGGCCUGUUAGCACAGCUGUAACUAAACAAUCAGUGAGACUAAUCAGCUCCCCUGGGGAGGGGCUGUGUUGUUUAUUCUUCUGGUAAAACCAAACGGGGACUGAAUAAAAAAUCAGUAAGAGCCACCCCAGGACUGGACACUUGGAGGGAUACACCAACUCUGCAAAACUUUGGGAAAGAAGGAAAAUCUCUGGUAAAGGCCCCAGAUCAGUACAGUUCUGUAUGUGCAGAGAGGCAAAUCCCAAACAAGAGCAUAUUAACCAGGUCUCUUUCUUGGCCCUGCUGGGGCACCCAUUCUGAUCCCCCUCUCCCCCAACCUGCUCUGCGCUGCUCUGGGGUGUUUGAGUUGCCAUCAGCCCUUGCAGGGGGAGCACUGGCUCCUGAGUGGAGUGCUUGGGGCUACAGGGAAUGACUUGCACGGGGCUUAGUUUCACACUGUAAGGUCACGCUUACAUCUGCAAUCACUGGCUCUUCAUGAAUGAUUAUUUAACACUUAUACACAGUCCUCAUUUGGGCCAAACUUCAACUGCCGUCGGAGGGAGCUUUCCCUGAGUCAGGGCUGCGUGAAAACAGAGCUCUGAUCUGGCCCCUUAGUUACAGUAGCUUGAUCGCUAGGUCAGUUAUUAAACUACUUCUUUGAAUGGUGGAUAAUGACAUAUCUCCCAGCUGGUCUGUGUCUCUCCUGGCCACAUACCCAGAGAUAGCAGAACUGGGAGCAUUUCCAGACCACUGGGCUCUGGAGUAUAAUUCAAGAACCCCUUUUAUCCUCUAAGAACUACUACUAAGGGCUAAAUUGUCCUAGUAUGCUGGGUCCUGCAGAAGGGGGCUGUGCAAAAUUGCAUUGCCAGAGAGGGAGCCCCUGUAGUCCUCAGCAUACCCUGGGACUGGGAGCAUCACAUGCCCUGUACCUCCUGUGAGAGACAAGCUCCUGGCAGCUAAGAGAGGGGCUGGGAGCCUAGAACAGUGGUUCUCAAAGCCGGUCCGCUGCUUGUUCAGGGAAAGCCCCUGGUGGGCUGGGCUGCUUUGUUUACCUGCCGCGUCCGCAGGUUCGGCCGAUUGCGGUUCACCGCUCCAGGCCAAUGGGGGCUGUGGGAAGCGGCAGCCAGCACAUCCCUUGGCCCGCGCCGCUUCCCGCAGCCCCCAUUGGCCUGGAGCAGUGAACCGCGCCAGUGGGAGCCGUGAUCGGCUGAACCUGCGGAUGCAGCAGGUAAACAAACCGGUCCGGCCUGCCAGGGGCUUUCCCUGAACAAGCAGCAGACCGGUUUUGAGAACCACUGACCUAGAAUAUAUUUGGCGGAGCAUAAGGACAUCCACUGUGGCUGGUCCCUGUGAGGGUGUGCAAAGGCCGGGGGGGGGCGGGACUUCUGUUUGCCCUUCCCACCUCUUGUGCAUUCGUGUACACAAUGUGUUCCUUCAUGUUUGUUUAGCUUUGCCAGAGGAAGCUCAGUGAGCAGGUGUGAGUUGUAGCCAUGCUGAUUAUGAAAUGUGACUGCAGAUUUUCCAUCACAAGCAAGAUACUUCCCUUUUGUUCCGUAAGAGUGGUUCUGGGUGUGAUAUCAGCAAGUAAACCAAUGGGAUGGCAGCAAGUUAGGGACGUAUUACACACCAGACCAGUCUGUGAGGAAGGCCUCAUCUAACUUUAACCAUACAAUUGGAACACUGUUUCUGCAUACAUUGCGUUAUUGGGACAUCUAAUAGACUGAGCAAAAUGGGAGAUCCAGCACAAUUACGUUGGUGUCUCGUAGGCUCACAUAAUGGUUUUUACUUUUUAAAACUUAAGUAUUAUUUUUUUAAAACUGAAUUUCCGUUUGGUAAAAGUGAUUAACAGGAGAAAGUUAUCUCCACCUUGUGAGUUUGCACAUGCUUCAAGAUAUGUCUUGAUUACUGAUUUGCAUUAUUAUAUAGUUGACAUAAAAGAGAUGUUCACUGUCUAAGGGGGUCUUUUAACUAUGUGCACUUAGUCAAUAGCUCAGUACGUGUUGCUGCUUCUCUCUAUCCACUGUACAUAGUUACUAAAUGUAAGCAAGUGUAUUUUUCCCAGUGUUGUGAGUUCUACCUGUCUUGAUGCUAUCAAAGAAAGGUAUGAACUAUAUGGUUGCAAAAUGAAUUUUCUUCUGUACAAUCUACAGAGGAAAACUGUAAAGAUUUGAAAACUGCUUGUAACUACAUUUGUUAAAAAAUGUUGUACAACAUAAUCCCAGACUGAUGACACUAUAUGCAUGUGGUAAUAAAAAGAAAAUAAAGAUUUUAA